AUGGCCAAGGGCAAGUGGUGUCCUCAGAAGAGCCAGGGUCAGGCUGAGAAGGCAGCGGCCGAGGGCAAGCAGGCCCCAGCAGAAAAGCACCUCGAGGCGGACGCCGCAGCGGGGUGCUGGGUGGGGAGUGGAAGAAUCGCGAGCCCCAGGCCGCCCCCGCACUGCUCGCUGCAGGACCUGCGGGUGGAGAUGCUGGUGGUUAUCUUGGCCUCGCUCCCCGUCACCGACCUGGCCAGCCUGGCCCAGGUCUGCACCAAAUUCCGCCGCAUCCUGCACAUGGACAACAUCUGGAGACGGCGCUGCCGGGAGGAGUUUGGCAUUUGUGAAACCUUGCAGAAUCUGGAGGCAGUAGGUACGUCUUACCGAGAAGUCUAUGCGAAGCUGUUCCACCCAGACAGACACAUUUUGGGUUUGUGGGGGCGAGAUAUUGAGCUCUAUAAAACACUGCUGUAUAUAGUGGUGGACGUCUUAGGCAUUACUGGUUGGACGUACAGGCCUUGUCUUAACACCCAUGUGGACGGCCCAAUGCAAUUCAAGCCCGCGUUCCGAAUCCGCCUGAGGGAGCGGAAAUCAGCCACGGUGGAGUGCAUGGAAGGCCGCCACCGCAGGCCCCACAGCCGCCGCCUGCAGAUUCGGAAGGACAGGCUCACCAGCCAGUGCCAGAAGAGAGACCCCCGAAGGGAUUCACCGACGCGGCUUAGGGAGGAAUUCGGGCCGAAAGGCGCUGAUAUGGAAUGUCACAGUGCGGCAUCACUGCCUGACCUACCGCAGCCUCUACCUCCCGCCCAGCCACCCAGAGGACCUCAACAGGCCAGGCCUCUUCUAAGGCAAAUGCGAUCGGAUCGCUUGGGCCUCAUGAUUUUCAUGCUCAGCUUCCACGGGAAGUGUGCCAGGCUCACGCACAUCACGGGAAUGGCAUCCCACAUAUUAGAGAUCCACCUCACGCGCCGCAUCCAGCUGCGAGAUGGCGAGAUCUUCCGCGACUUCCACGAGCUCUCCCGCCUGGUCCGGGAGAUGGAGGAGCAGGUGCUCCGGGAACAGCAGCCGCAGCAGCAAGAAGACGGGACCGAGGAAAGCGAGGGCCAUGGCUGGCAGAGCCCUGCCCAGCCCAGCGUCGGGGAAUCCGGGGCUGCAGCUGCAGAGGAGCAGCCUGCCCCCUUUGUUCUGCCUGUGGGCGUGAGCCCAAGGGACCAGAACUACCCCCGGACCUGCAGGAUGUGUUUCUAUGGCGUGGAAACUGUUCCCGUAUGUCCCUCAAACUGGCGCUACCCUGGAGUCGUCAUCCUGUUCGAUGAGAACCACUUGGGGUUCAUCGAUCUGGAGGAGAAAUCCUUCAUCCUGUUUGGCAGAGUCCAGAACACCUUCCAGAAUACGGCCACCCCCCCACCCCGAGGCCAAGGUGUGAGGGCCGGGGAUGGUCAGCUGGGUGUCGUACACAAGGUGCUGCCGCUGUUGGUUGUGGCCCCUGUGCUGGCUCAGCUGGGGGCCGGUAGGGGAGCCACCCAGAGCUUAAGAAGAAGGCAGGUGACCGUGGAGAGGCCAAAGCAGAAGUUCAAGACGGUGGAACUGCUGGAACCACUUUUUGCCAAGUUCUAA